CUCUCUCUCUCGUGCUUCAUCGUUCCGGAACCUCUCCAAAACCCUUCCUCCUCUCCCUUCCCUCCCCCUUGCGCGAGCUCCGACGAGGACGACGACGACGACGACGACGAAGGGGAUCUCGGCGCCGACUCCAUGGACGCCCCGGGCGGUGACGGCGCCGACUUCUACGCUGACAUCCUCCGCAACCUCGACCCCGGCGCCGCGGGCUUCGCCAGCGCCGGCGCGGCGCUCUCCGCGCUCUGCGACGCCUUUGCCAUCGUCCCCGACGAGUUCUUCGACUCCCUCGCCAUCGACGACCUCGCCCGCCACCUCGUCGACCUCGCCUCCGGCCGCGGCGGCGGCGGCGAAGGGGCCGUCGACCCCUCCGUCGCUGUCCUCGCCGCGCGCGCGAUCACCCUCGUCUGCGACGCGAGCCCCGACUCCGCCGGCGCCUUCGUCCGCCGCGGCGUCGUCCCCGCGCUCUGCGCGCACGUGGCGAGCAUCAAGUACAUGGACCUGGCCGAGCAGUGUUUGCGAGCGCUGGAGAAGAUAUCGCUGGAAAGGCCGGAGAAGUGCUUAAGCGCCGGCAUUGUCCCUGCGGUUCUCAAGCACUUUGAUUUCUUCUCAUUAUCCACACAGAGGGUCGUAGUUUCAAUUAUGUCGAACGUAUUCUCUGUGAUCAACUUGGAACACUCUUCCCUUGUGAUCGAAGCUGUUCCCGUCUUAUGCAACCUUCUGCAAUCGGAAGAAAAGCAGAUUGUGGAUGGUGCUCUUGAUUGCUUGUUGGUGAUUGGGCAAGUCUUUCAUACUUCUCCAAAGCUGUGUGAUGAGAUCUGCAUGCUAGGAGUGGUCGCUCAUUCCGUACAGUUGAUGAACUCCAACAAUUCGAGGUCUCUGGACAGAGAUAAUUUACUAUAUUUGAUCCAGCUACUUGGAUUUCUUGCUUCGGGCUCCAUCAUUGCAGUGAGGAUUCUCUUCGAAUUGAACAUUGGCAGUGUGCUUAGUGGGGCACUCACAUCACGCAACCUCUCUUUUCAUAAUCUGGAGCUUGAUCUGAUAUAUGAUGUUCUGAACUUGGUGAAUCAGUUAAUACCUAUGGUUGAGACGUGUAAUCAAGAAAAGACUCAACUGUUACAGCAGAAGAAGAAGACUAUAUUGGAAAAUCAUAUCCAUUUUCAUCAGUUUGUAACGAACAUCGUUUUUCUUUCAAUUCAGUUUGUGGGUUCUAAUGCAAAAUUAGCUGUCUCAUACGGGUUCCUUUGUAUGUUAUGCAACAUAUUUUCCUUAAGCACUCCUGAGCUGCUUGUGGAGUUGAGUAAGACAACAAACAUCUCAAGCCUUUUGGCUUCCUUGUCGGCACAUAAAGAUCACCAGAUACUUUUCCACACUCUGAAGAUUGCUGAGAUCCUUUUAGAAAAGGCCCCUGAUUUUCACUUAAUAUCUUUCUGCAAAGAGGGUUUGGUUAAUUUCAUUGAUGCAAUCAUACUGAGAGAAAGAAACCCUCAACAGUCUAAACUCAGAAAGGACAAAGAUAAAAGCAAUGUUGCUAACUCGUGCUAUUGCUAUUCAUUUGGUUCUGAUUCAUCCCCAUCAUCAGACAAAGAAGCAUGCAGGGUGGGAAAAGAAGCAGUUCUUGCUUUGGCCGAAAGUAUCAGAAACACUUUUUUCUCCACAACAAGCGGUUCGAAGAAUGGUGGUUUUGUGAGGAUCCUUCAGAAUUUGAAAGAUUUCUUCUCUAUAUCAAAUAAUAACUACAAUGCCACCAAGUCCCUCACUAAAGAUGGGCAAACUAGGGAGAAGAUAUGUGAUGCAUUGCACCAAGUUAAGGCUAUGUCGAAUCUUGAGUUUGUUGAUAGUGGUAUAAUUAGGUCUUUGGCUUGCUACUUGUCCAAUGGGAGAUUUCUGAAAGGAGAAAUAAAAGAUACUGAUAAAUUGUUGAAGCAUUUACAUGAGGUGGAAAUGAGAUUGGAUGCAUUUGCUUGUAUAGCUCUCCUUAUACCAGAUCAGAGGUCAGAGGAGAAUAUUCUUUCCAUUUUGGUGCGGAAGUUGCAAGACGCAUUGCAUGCAUCUUGUUGCGACAAUUUUUCUUUAAUUUUAAGUGAUAAUUAUCAAUCUGAACUAAAGCAUGUGACCAUCCCGCUGAGAAACUCGGAAUUUAUGAAGAUAAAGGUGCAAUUUAGGAGGGCGGUAAGGGAGAAAAAUUUGGCAAACUUUGACGAUGUUUUGGCCAUUGACCUUAAUUCGCCUCUUGAGGCCAUUGAAGCACUCUUAUGGCCCCACAUAUCCUCAAACUUUUUGAAGGGGUUGAAAAAAUCAACUAGAUCAAAGACUAACGCUACAGCCCCAAGGGAGCUUACGAAAGAAACAUCCGAAUUGAGAUUUUACUAUAAGCAUAAAAGGCUAAACCGGUCUUUAACCCUUUUCGAAUCUAUACUUCGAGAAAAGACUGAUGCAGAGGGUGAUUUGUUUGUGAAUUCAUCCUUCUUUGAUGAGAUACACGUAGUAACUUAUUUGAGUGCCAGGAAAGCCAGUAGCACUUCUUCCCAAAAGCUCCAUUAUACUUCUGGAUCAAUACUUCCAUGGCAAAAGCAUUCUUUUUUCUCUAGUAUGGUCAUCGGAAGGAUCCCAUGUGAGCUAGAACAACUGAGCCCUUCAUAUGAUAUACUUUUUAUUCUGAAAAUAUUGGAAGGACUUAACAGAUUUUCCUUUCAAAUUUCUACCCAAGAAAGGAUAGAUGAAUUUGCUGAAGGGAAAAUAAAAAGUUUCGAUGACAUAAAGACGUCAAAUUUUUUGAUGCCGCAGUCUGAAUUUGUCAGUAUAAUGUUGGCUAACAAAUUGGAGCAGCAAAUGAAAGAUUCCUUAUUCGAAAAAGGUGUCACCCCUUCAUGGUGCAUUCAUUUGAUGGCAGCCUCUCCUUUCUUAUUCUCUUUCGACACAAGAUGGAAAUACUUUUGUAUCACUUUGUGUAAUGCAUUACAAAAUCGGCUUUUUUUGAGUGAGCCGAAUUCAAAAGAACCUGCUAGCAAGAAGUACAAAGUAGAUCGUGAACAAAUACUUCAAUCAGCUUCGUUGGUGAUGGCUUCUCAUGCUCGUAGCAUGGAUUUAAUUGAAAUAGAAUAUCAUGGAGAAGCUGGGACAGGUAGAGGGCCUGCUGUUGAAUUUUAUACUACUUCGAGUAGGGAAUUGCAAAAAGUUGGUCUUGGCUUGUGGAGGGGAGAUUGUUCAGAAAAGGGAGUAGUACAUGCUGAUGGAUACGUAUUUGCUCCAUUUGGUCUUUUUCCUCAUCCGUGGUCAGUAGCAGGAAGUUCUUCUGGUGGCAUUGACUUCUCGGAUGUGCUUAAGCACUUCUUCCUUCUUGGACAGCUUGUAGCCAGAGCCAUUUUAGAUGGAAGGAUCUUGGACCUCCCUCUCUCUAAACCAUUCUAUAAAGCUAUGCUUGAUCAGGAAAUUGACAUGUAUGAUAUUGAAUCAUUUGAUCCUGAGCUGGGGAAGAUAAUGAUCGAAUUUCAAGCUCUUGUUAAGAGGAAAAAGUAUUUGGAAACCAAUUCAGUGGAGAAUUCUCCACAUGUGUUCGAUUUAUCGUACCGGAAUUUAGCAAUAGAAGACCUUUGUCUCCAAUUUACUCUCCCUGGUUAUUGCGAUUAUGAUCUGAAACCUGGAGGCAGCUCUAAAAUGGUUAAUCUCGACAACUUGGAGGAAUAUGUCUCAUUAGUUGUUGAUGCAACAACUGGAAGCGGAGUGUCAAGGCAGCUCGAAGCCUUUAAGUCUGGAAUAAACAAGGUUUUCCCCAUAAAGACACUUAAAAUUUUCACUGAAGAAGAGCUUGAACGAAUACUUUGCGGGGAACAAGAUGCUUGGGCUUCCUGCAACCUUGUUGAGCACAUUCAAUUUGAUCAUGGCUAUACAGCUGUUAGUCCUGCUGCAAUCAAUUUAUUAGAGAUAAUGCGAGAAUUCUCUAGGGAUGAGCAAAGAGCCUUCUUACAGUUUGUGACUGGGGCCCCUCGGGUUCCUCUGGGAGGUUUUUCGUCACUCAAUCCAAAGCUCACCGUUGUCCAAAAGCAGUGUGAUGGUGAUGCCAAUUUGGAAUUACCAAGCGUGAACAUCUGCCACCAUUUUCUAAAGCUUCCCCCUUACACUACAAAGGAGAAAAUGAGGGAGAAGCUCUUAUACGCUAUGACGGAAGGAGUCGGAGCUCUCCUCUUAUCAUGACAAAGUCAAAUUGCAAGACAGUCCGCGAAGGUUUUGUACAUAUGGUAUAGCAAAGUGGCGAGCCAAUUUUUAGCUGAAGAUAGAACCUAACCUCCAUUGUUUCUAGUUUCGGAAGCAACACGCUGUAGAUACAAGAUAUUUAUGCAGGGAAAAGGAGUUAUAUACUGGGAGAUCCGAUUCUUUCAAAUCAUCAUAUGACAUAGUGUUACUAGAUAAUUUUCUUUUAUAGACAUAGUCCACCAGGUUUAAUUGCUUUAGUUUUUCUUCUUUUUUUUUCUGGGUGAUAUUUGUGUCCCUAGACGUUUGUUUUGUACAUGAGUUAAUAGAAAUGGAAAUAUUUCCCUUUUCUUU